UCCAACCAAACCACAACCAAACCAGCAGCGGUGAGCCGUGAGCGCAGCAGCGUCGCACCACAGUGGAGCAGAAUUUUUGCCCAGUGACACCCAGCUUACCAUCUCCCUCGGCCUCGAUUCUCAUGUGCCAGCCAGGCGCGAGACCACGGUCCCCCUAGGCUCCUGCUCCUGCUUGCCUCUUCCACCUCACUCCCUCAGCUCAGCUCGCUACGCUGCCCAUAUCAACCCCUCCCCCUCCACCACCCUUCUCACAUUUUCCAAUUGCCGCACAACUCUGGAGCGAGCCUUGAGAGAGGGAGGGAGGGAGGGAGGGAGUUGCAUUGCAGACAGCUUUGCGGCGGUAGAAUGGCUGGCCGCUGCGGCUUCUUGCCAUUGGCAAGGCUGCUGCUCCUCCUGGUGGUUCUUCUUGGCGCUGCCCUUCACGGCGGUGGUGCUGCCGUGGCCAGGCCGCUACUGGGCAUCGCCGAGCCGCCGGCCUCGCCGGGCGCCGCGGCGGCGGGACCGGCGGAUGCUGUAGUGCAGGCCGGGGCAGGCGGCGGGCCCGACCGUUCCGAGGCCGGCGGGGAGGUGAUCCUCGCCGGGUUCGCGGCCGCGUUGAUCAUCGUUAUCGUCUGCUACAUCAGGGUCACUAGGGAGAGAAGCAGCAGCAGUGGAGCCGGAGAGAAGCAGGGAAGCUUAGGAGGGUUCUAAUGGACAGAUGAACAUCUUAACUUGAUCGCCAAAAAAAAGAUAGAUGUAGUAGCAGCAGCAGCAGACUUCAGAGAGAUCUGUAAUUUGUAAAGAAGAGGGGACGAGAGGGUUGAAAUCUAUAGUUUAGCAGCUGUUUCAGGUUUGUCAGUUCACUGAUCUUUGGGGUGUGUGUGUGUGUCCUGUACAUACCUCUUGAGAUGUGGUGAGAUGCAGGGAGAGGAAGCGUCAAGUUUGGGGAACUCAUUGCAAAAUUCUCUGCAUGA